AUGGUCAACAUUGGCAGCGCCGCUGACCCCAUCGUCACCCGCCUCGUCGCCGAGGACAAGACGCCAUGGUACAAGAAGCCCAAUCUGCGGCGCAUGUACGUCUGGCUGUUCUUCUGCUGUAUGGGCGUCGAGAUGACCUCGGGUUUCGACUCCCAGCUCAUCAACACCCUGCAGUUCUCUCCAUACUUCCACCACUACUUGGGUAACGGUCGAAUGAAUGCGGAUAAGGAAUGGGCUAUUGAACCUGGUCUGCUUGGCUUCGUCAACUCCUCUUACCAGCUUGGCUCUAUCUUUGCGGUCCCCUUUGCGCCCUGGUUUGCUCAGCGAUUCGGUCGACGAUGGUCCAUCAUGCUCGGAUCUGGCAUCAUGAUCUUUGGUGCCCUUCUUCAGGGUUUUGCUCAGCACGUUGGCAUGUACAUCGUCGCCCGUAUGAUUCUCGGAGCCGGUAUCCUCUUCUGUAUCAUCUCUGGCUCUGCCCUCAUCGGAGAGCUUGGAUACCCCAAGGAGCGACCUGUUCUGACCUCGCUGUUCAACUCUUCCUACUUCAUCGGUCAGAUUCUGGCCUCGGCCAUCGCCAUCGGCACCACUAAUACCAAGAGCAACUGGUCCUGGCGACUCCCUUCUCUGUUGCAAAUCAUUCCCUCUCUGCUCCAGGUCGCCACAGUUUUCCUCCUGCCCGAGUCCCCCCGUUUCCUCGUCUCCAAGGACCGAAACGAAGAAGCCGCAGCGGUUCUCAUCAAGUACCACGCCGAGGGCGACGUCAACUCCCAGCUCGUCCAAGCAGAGAUCGUCCAGAUUCGAGAGACCAUCAAAGCCGAGAUGGAUACUUCCAAGCAGUCUUGGCUGGAUGUCUUGCGCACCGCUGGUAUGCGUCGCCGUUUUCUGGUCACAGUUUUCAUCGGUCUCUUCACUCAGCUUUCUGGAAACACUCUGCUGAGCUACUACUCUGGUGUGCUCUUUGGGAUGAUGGGAUACACCGAUCCAUCAGUCAAGACCCGUAUCAAUCUGGCUUACGCCUGCUGGGGUUUGAUGAACGCCACAGUCAUUGCUCUUAUCAUCACCCGCUUCAAGCGUCGCCACAUGUACAUGCUUUCCGCUACUCUGAUGCUAUGCGCUUUCAUUGGUAUCACUGUCUCGCUCGAGAGAAUCCAGGCUGCUCCCGAAGGUACCAAGAACAAUGCUGCUGGUAUUGCUGCUCUGUUCUUCUACUUCGCCUACAGCCCGACCUACAACAUCGGAAACAACGCUCUCACAUACACCUACCUCGUCGAACUUUGGCCCUACUCGAUGCGAAGCCGCGGUAUCGGUGUGCAGCAAAUCUUCGGCAAGCUCGCAGGAUUCUUCUCCACCAACGUCAACUCGAUUGCCCUCAAUGCCAUCAAGUGGCGCUACCUGGCUAUCUACUGUGGAUGGAUUUUCUUCGAGUUCUGCAUCGUCUACCUCCUCUACCCCGAGACCAGCGGACGCACCCUCGAAGAACUUGCCUUCAUGUUCGAGGACGAGAGUCUCAAGGAGAAGACCGUUGCUGCAGUCGAGAAGCAGAUCCACUUUGGAGGUGCAAAGGAGGAAGAGCAUCAGGGGCAAGUACAGACCCGCGAGGUUGUUUAA